GUGGAAUGAACAGUGAGUUACAAAAUGUCAACAGGGGUAACAAUCAGCAACAAGGAAAUCUAGAAGAUGGUGAUCAACCUAACGGUGGAGUUAUACUUGAAUCGUGUCUCCAACCGAGUGACGUGUCAGAGGAAAUUAUGAGUUUUACUGAGGGCAUUUACUCUGUUGCUCCUGCAGAAAGAAAUAACCCAGUAAGCUUUUUCAAGACUCCCAAACUCGAGGCCAUGGCUUUUCCAGUGCAGUUCCCGACCGGGCAAAACACGCUCGAUGAAGAGAGACCGAUAAAACUCACACCGAGCAAGUAUUUCAAAACCCGACUGUGUUGUGUGGAUGAACGUUUUGCGAGGGAUCCGACCUACUUGUUCUUUGCUCAGUUUGUGACCGAAAUCUACCAGGCGCCGUCGAGCAUGUCAAUACAGCUACGCAAAGGUAAACCGUUUACCCGAGAUGGUCGGAGAAUUACCAACGCUAUGCUUCAGGACAAACGUCAAGUUGAAAAACUGGUGCGCAGCAAAGACGCCGUCCGCUUCAUGACGCCACUGAGAGGCACGCCAGCCUAUUGGGAGAGAACCACCAAAGAUCUUUUUGCAAUGAUCCGACAGCUGGGUGCACCCACGUUCUUUUGCACAUUUUCUGCUGCUGAAAUGCGUUGGGAAGAGGUCAUCACUGCCAUUAAAGCGCAACAAGGUGAAGUAGUGAAUUUUGCUGGAUUGGACUGGGCUACCAAGUGCGAAAUUCUACGCGGCAAUCCGGUGACGACAAUGCGCAUGUUUGACAAACGUGUGGAAGCUCUGUUCAGAGAUUUGAUCCUCUCUCCGGCGCAACCGAUUGGUGAAGUGGUUGACUACUUUUACCGAUUAGAGUUUCAGCACAGAGGAAGUCCUCACAUUCAUUGCCUCAUAUGGGUUAAAGGUGCCCCUGUAUUUGAGGAAUCCUCAGACAAAGCCAUCUGUGAUUUUGUAUCCCGCUACAUCUCCGCUGAGCUGCCGGACCCGCAAAAGGAACCCGAAUUGUACAAAAAAGUCACAGAGGUUCAGAUGCACAGCAAAGGUCACUCCAAAACGUGUGUCAAACGCCAGGGUGCAAAUUGCCGUUUUGGAUUCCCCAAACAACCGUGCCAUGAAACGAUCAUCAGACCUGCGCCCGUAGACGAUGACAAUCGAGAUCGACACGUGGAGAAUCGCUCGGCGGCCAACGCCAAGCUUGUUCCCGUGCUAAAUCUCCUGAAUGAGCCUGAAACCUCGUCCCUGACUUUGCCUCAGCUACUGGCUAAAUGCGAGCUCACCGGUGACGACUUUGUGAACUGUUUGCACCUGACGGCCUCGUCGAGUUCUGUCGUGCUUAAGCGAGAACCCAAAGACUGCUGGGUCAACUACUACAACCGCCAUUUGCUUCUUGCCUGGGAUGGAAAUCUGGACAUCCAAUACAUCCUGAAUGCCUAUUCUUGCAUCGCAUACAUCUGCAGCUACAUCAGCAAAGCGGAACACAGUCUGAGCCAAUAUCUGAAAUCGGUUAUUGAGAACUCCCGCAACGAAAAUGUCAACGAGAACGACGAAAUGAAACAAAUUAUGCAAGCGUACUCCAAGAAGAGAGAAGUGAGUGCUCAGGAGUGUGUGGCGCGCGCAUGCGGCCUGCAUAUGAAACAGUCCUCCCGCAUGGUGGUAUUUGUACAAACGAGUGACGAUGCGCUGAAAAUGAGUUAUCCUCUCUCGCUGCUUGAGGGCAAAACCCAGGACUCGCACGAAGUGUGGAUGACUGGGCUGCCGGACAAAUAUAAAUGCAGACCUCAAACGGAGGAAUUUGAAGUAAUGUGCUUGGCUGAUUUCGCAUCAAGGUGCAGAAUUGUUUACGGUAAACAAGUCAAAGGUAAAAACGUUUUGCGCCUGCUGAACGAUAUGGGGUUUGUACAAAAAAGAACAGAAAAACCUGCGGUCAUCAAAUAUUGUAAAUUCUCAGAACAAAAGAAUCCAGAGGAAUAUCACCGCACCUUGCUCAAGCUAUACCUGCCUCAUCGUGCUGAUUGCCAGUUGAAAUCUGAACGCUUUCCCACCUCUCAGUUGUUCCACGAGCACGCCUGUGUACAGUUACCGUACGCCGACCAUGUGGAGCGCGUGUCUGAAAUCGUCAAGAGGAACAGAAAAACGUACGAGAGACACAGUGGAGACAUUGACGAUGCCAUCAGAGAGUUGGAGGAAAGUGGGCUCAAUGUAAACGAAUGGUGCCACCUGGCUCCCGAGAGUGAGCUGCAAAGACUCGAAUGCAUUGAGGAAAUCAACGCGAGAGACGACCCGACUGAGAACGCGGAGGAAAAUGUCCCCGACUAUAAUGUGAGAUCGGCGACGAGAGAAACGGCUAUUGUGGCUGAACCUGCUGCCAUCGAUCCCACGGUGUUACGCGGUAUGUAUCGAAACCUGAACCGAAAACAAGCGUCCGUGUUCUAUAAGGUCCGAGAUUGGUGCGUGAAACGUGUUUGUAGCUCAAAGCCGAUCGAGCAGUUUUUCUACUAUGUCAACGGUGGCGCCGGGACCGGCAAAUCGCAUCUGAUCAAAUGUAUCCACGCAGAGGCCACGAAAAUACUGCUCAGACUACCACGACUGGCUGAGGAAGCGGACAUUUGCAAACAGACGGUUGUUCUCGCAGCCUUCACCGGUACGGCGGCAUUUAACAUUUCAGGGACCACUUUGCAUUCUCUCUUCAAACUGCCAAGAAGUCUCAGACCCCCGUAUCAAGGCCUGGGCAACAAACUGGACGAAGUCCGAGCGGAGCUUUCGAUCGCUGAAAUACUCAUUAUCGACGAGAUUUCCAUGGUGUCAAAAGACCUUUUUGCCUACGUGAAUACCAGAUUGAAACAAAUCAAAGGAAUCGAUUUACCUUUUGGCGGUAUGUCUGUGCUUGCUGUCGGAGAUUUCUUUCAGCUCCCUCCUGUGAGACAAUCCAAACCUUUGUGCGUGUACGAUCCUACUCGGCUGGACCACUGGCGUGACAACUUCAAAAAGAUCACGCUCACGGACAUCAUGAGGCAGAAAGAUGAUGCCGCCUUUGCCGAAGUGCUGAACAGACUCCGCGUCAAAGACAAGUCUCGCAAACUGUCGGAACCGGACGCAUCUCUGCUUGCUACGAGGUACGCUUCUCCAGUAACGUGUCCAAAGAAUAUUCUGCAUAUUUUUGCCACCAAUAAGCAGGUAGACGGCCAUAAUUCCGCGAUGCUGAAUCUGCUUCAUAAGGACGUUGUGCAAAUUGACGCGGAUGACUACAAGAAAGACAAAAAAACCGGCAGAAUGGCAAGGGAAGCGACCCCUGUCCAAGGACCUAAGAACGGGUUGCCUGACUCGAUCAAAGUCGCCGUCGGCGCCCGCGUUAUGAUCACACGCAAUAUUGAUGUUCAAGCAGGUCUGUGCAACGGGACAUUUGCAAAAGUUGUGCAAUUGGUGAAUUACCCAAACGAAGCGCGUGUACAGAAACUCGGGCUGGAACUAGACUCUGUCACUAAGACGAGAAGUGCUGCGAAUUCUGUGUUCAUUGACAGACAGGAGGAGAAGAUGCAGAAUUCCGGAGUGGUGCGCCGCCAGUUUCCCGUUAAGCUUGCUUUUGCUUGCACGAUCCAUAAGGUACAAGGCAUGACAACAUCAGAGGCCGCGGUUUCGCUGAAAGGCGUUUUCGAACACGGCAUGGGCUACGUAGCUCUGAGUAGAGUGACUUCGCUCAGCGGUCUUCAUAUUCUGCAUAUGGAUGAGAGAAGAAUUCAUGCAAAUCCGGAAAUCACUGCUGCUCUUGCUGAGAUGACAGAGGAUUCUUUGGACGGUGUGAUGCCCCUGUUUCACGUGAUGCCGAGGGUGGAUAAAGCAAAGGACCUGAUCGUCGUCCAUCAUAACACCGAAGGGCUGUCUUGUCACGUGCAGGAUAUUGCGUGUCACCACGAACUGCGUUUUGCUGAUGUUUUGUGCCUCACAGAAACACACCUCCGAGGAUCUGCAGCUGCCUGCUUGGAAGGCUAUACCAUGUUUCACAGGAAUCGAAGUGAUUCUUAUACAACCUGUCCCGACUUGGCGACAAAACUUGGUGGCGGCAUAGGUAUUUGUGUCAAAAGUCACAUCGCGGCCCAGGAAAAGAAAUACGUACAGGGUGUGACCGAUAUCGAAUUUGUUGCGGUGAAACUCGAGGCUCCCAUCAAUUUGUUGAUUGCUGCCGUUUACAGGCCUCCGGGCCACAGUCUGCGCGCAUUUCUGCCAAGCUUGGAAAACCUGUUACGUUACCUUGAAGUCAUGGACCAUCAUCAGAUCUUGGUAUGUGGCGAUUUUAACGAAGAUGCGCUCUCCGCCUCGUACAAGCCCGUCCUUGAACUGUUUUGCUCAAAGGGUUACACGCAGCUCAUAACCACUGCUACCACUGACAAAAACACAUUGAUCGACCUAAUUUUUGUCUCUCGACCUCAGUGUGCUCUUUAUUCAGGUGUCCUGCAAACGUACUACAGCUAUCAUAAUCCUGUUUUCUGUGUUUUGAAUACUGAAAGGUAAGUCAAAUCUAAAUUGUGUAUUUCAGCAUUUGGAAAAUUAACAAGGACGGAAAUCGGAUGGCGUAAGUGGCGGUGUGCGGUGGGCGAUUUGUUGAAUUGAGAUGAGAUGGUAUCGGAGGCGUAGGUGGCUCAGAAAGGCAAAUGUAAUGUUGGCAUUAGGCAGAAACCUCGCAAUUGUAUAGAAAACAAUACUAACGACCAAUGUGAAUAGUGAUGCACUUUAUAUUUUACGCUGAUAGUAUAAAUGACGAUUUAUAUAUUAUGCUGAUAUUUUAAGUGGCUGAACUCGUGUCUGUAGAUGUAAAUCAAGUUGAGUCGCUCAACCAGCUGGGAAGCUGCACCUUCUUGGGCUGCCCAUGCAUGUGGCAGUAUCGGCACCUGCUGGGCAAACGACUCUCUGAGGGCGAGAGGGUGGCGAGGGGACGGCACGGCCGUUGACACCUAAAUAAGACUUGCGGAAAUAACUGCUAGUCUACUCGUCUGCGGGAUCGACGGGAGAGUCCAUCUCAUCGUCCGUCAAAGGGAAGGCUUUUAAAAUUUUAAAAAGCCCUCCCUUAACUCAACUUGAUUUAAAUUUGACACUUUUAAAAAUUUGAACUAUUUAAAUAUUUAACUUUCAAACUUUGUAACUUUUAAUAUGUUUAACUUUUGUAAAUGAACUCAUAGAUGAGCUAAGAGGCGACUUUUUAACUUUCUGCAUUUUAUUCAUUCUAACAUCAAAUUUUAAAGAUGACUUCAGGGAUGGACUUUUCAAGUUUUUAACUUUUAAAAUGUUUACAUUUUCUAAAUUAACUCCCAGACGAGUUAAGGGGUGACUUUUUAAACUUCAGGAAAGGCCUUUUAAACUUUAUUUUUUUUAUCAUUAUUUUCAAUUCUUUUUAACGUCAUAAUCACGAGGCGAGAAGAGAAAACAGACGAGGUAAGUUGCUCAUCAAUAAACAUGUUUUUUCCCUUUCUGAAAACACUAAAUGCUUCUGUUUCACUCGUCUGUAUUUUAAGAGUUUCUUUUAUCUGGCGAAAGCAGUUCAUCCCACAAUGGAGACCAGAGACCUUGAGGAUGCAAAAACUUUCUGCGUGGACCAAUGACUCCCAAACCAGGGAGGUGAGAAGCAAGACUUAUUCUUCUUUUUUCCGUGUGUCCUCUAACUCCACGUGCUCCCUUUGUCAAGACAGGAGUUUGGCCCCUGCGGUACUCAACCUUGAUGGGAUUUGGCCUGUCUUGCCAGGGAAAUGACACAGCACAGCGACAGCCAAGUCUUUCAAAAAGACUCGUACGAUGGAGGCCGGCAUCAUGGAACGCAAACUCUCAAACCAGCGUGGCAAUCGUGACUUCCGCUGAUUCUUCUACGGAACAAUCAAGGGCACCUCUGGCAGCUCUUCGCUUUGACUCUGACAUCUACCUUUUUUAUUUUUAACAUGCUGUCUUUUAUGUGCCCUCUCUGCAUCCAUUGCAGCCUGGUGAUCCUGAAAGGGGGAUCCUCCCAUCUGUGGUCCCUUCUCAAGGUUUCUCAUUUUUCCCCUGGUGGGUUUUUUUAUGAGUUUUUCCUUGCCCUUUUGGGAGCUUAAGAUCAGGGGAUGCUUUGAGAAUAAUUGCUAAUUUGUCUUUGUGAAGCCCUUUGAGACUGCUUGUGAUUUAGGGCUAUGUAAAUAUAUUUUACUUGACUUGACUUCUAUGGAAAAUUGUCAGGAAGCCCUUUUUAGUUUUGCUGCUUUCCCUCACCUCCAUGUUUUUAUUGUAUCUUCUUGGGUAUUGCCUGGCCUUUGACUGUUGGAAACUUGCCCCUCUGGUUUUACUCUAUUAAGUCUCAAAUACGUACAGUCUGUUUUCUGUUCUCCUUUAUUUAUGUAUUUAUUUGUUUGAUUGCUUAUUUAUUGUUUAAUCAUACAUUUAUUUGGUUACUUUUUGGGCAAUGCUUUGAACUCUGAAGUUGUAAUCAUUUUGAUUUGCACAAUUGUUGGACUUUAUACAUUUCUUUGCCUCAAACCAUGUUUACAUUAUCUAUUGUAUAUGUAACUCAAGUCUGUCUAAUACCAUCUGCAAUCAUGCUACAGUUGAAUUAUUAAAUAAAAAAACUAAAAAAACACUU